AUGAGCGGCCGCGCGUUCACCACUCACAAUAAAAGGCAAGCGAACGAUCGACUAAGGACGAAGGAGUCACACCUUGGACGACGACGUCGAGGAAUCGAUGCCGCCGAUGGCGAACCAAAGAAGAGCGCCUGUCAACGAUUCAGAAGAUGCACCAUGAUCGCUGACUCACGACACUGUGGGGAAUGCGACAAAUUUGCGGCGCCGAAAAAAGGACUGCUUAAUGCCCACUAUGCCAUUACAAACCCGCCGCAAUGUCGGUGA